GCGUCAUUCCAGAAGAUUCGGCCGGCGCCCAUAUAAAACGCGCGGAAGAGGCGGGGCAAAGGCGAGCGGCGAGCGGGCGGCAGGAGCGGUGCGGAGCGGCCGCGGCGGGCGCCAUGGUGAAGGAGACGGAGUACUACGACGUUCUGCAGGUGAAGCCCAAUGCCUCCUCCGAGGAGAUCAAGCGCGCCUACCGCAAGCUGGCGCUCAAGUACCACCCCGACAAGAACCCCAGCGAGGGCGAGCGGUUUAAACUCAUAUCCCAGGCAUAUGAAGUUCUGUCGGACCCAAAGAAAAGGGACCUCUAUGACCAGGGUGGGGAGCAGGCUAUUAAAGAAGGAGGCCUGAGUGGCGGCAGCUUCUCUUCACCCAUGGACAUCUUUGACAUGUUCUUUGGUGGUGGAGGCCGAAUGAAUAGAGAGAGAAGAGGCAAAAAUGUUGUGCACCAGUUAGGUGUAUCUCUUGAAGACUUGUAUAAUGGUAUUACAAGGAAACUGGCACUGCAAAAGAAUGUUAUUUGUGGAAAGUGUGAAGGUUAUGGUGGAAAGAGAGGGGCAAUAGAGAAGUGCCCUGUGUGUAAAGGAAGAGGAAUGCAAGUUCUAGUUCAGCAGAUUGGACCUGGCAUGGUACAACAAAUCCAAACUGUGUGUCCAGAAUGCAAAGGCCAGGGUGAAAGAAUAAAUCCAAAGGACAGGUGUGAUAACUGCAACGGCUGUAAGGUUGUAAGAGAGAAAAAGAUCAUAGAAGUUCAUGUUGAUAAAGGUAUGAAAGAUGGUCAGAAGAUUGUAUUUCAUGGAGAAGGUGACCAGGAGCCUGAUCUGGAACCUGGUGAUGUUAUAAUUGUGCUUGAUCAAAAGGAUCACAGUGUCUUUCAGAGGCGAGGGCAUGACUUAAUCACAAAAAUGAAAAUUCAACUCUCAGAGGCUUUAUGUGGUUUCAGAAAGACUAUUGAAACUCUGGAUAACAGAGUUCUUGUCAUAACAUCUAGGCCAGGUGAAGUGAUCAAACAUGGUGACUUAAAGUGUAUCUACAACGAAGGGAUGCCCGUCUACAAAUCUCCAAUGGACAAAGGCAGCUUAAUUAUACAGUUUUUGGUCCAGUUCCCAGAGCACUACUGGCUCCCAAGGGAGAAACUGUGUCUGCUGGAGGCUCUGCUUCCUCCACGAGAAGAUGUUAUGAUUACAGACGAGAUGGAUCAGGUAGACCUUGAAGAUUUUGAUCCAAGUGAGCAAACCUACCGUAACAGUGGGGGAGAAGCAUAUGAAGAAGAUGAGGAGGGUCCAAGAACAGGAGUACAAUGCCAGACAUCUUAAAGCAAGGUGGAAUGGUUGUCAUCUAAAAUGUAAAUUUUCACAAUGAAAACUGCAUGGCUGUAAUAGCCACUGCUUGUGGUUUUUGUGUUCAGCAAAUUGAGUUGCUGCGCUGUCAGUUAUCACCUUUUUGUAACUAAUUUAUAUUGUGUUCUUGUAGUCUUUAUAUAUAAAGCAAAUGUCACACAGCUGAGAACCAACUGAGUUGGGAUACAUUUUCUUUUGCUGUGAAGGUUCUCAAUUUAUGUCACCUCUGCUAUUGAUAUAAGACUUUGGCACUAUUGAUAGAGGCUAAGUGGAGUGUCUUAUGUAAAUACUUUCAUACUGGAAAAUUAAUUUCAUAGAAUAAAACAUAGCAGAAAUAACUUCUAAUAAAUAGAAUUCUUCACAUUUUA